AUGGAACUUGCAUCACGAAAGGGUUCUCGCAAGUUUGUUUCCGGUCUGGCUAAAUGUAUUGGAAGAGAUCUUCAAAUUAGUCCAGCACAGCAGACACAAUGGCGUGUCACUAAAGAACGCGGUGUUCAACUAUUCGCACCCGAGACGGGAGGUCGUUACGAGGUCUUUAACGAGCGACCUCUUAAGCCGGAAAUCAUUCGAUACUGCCAGCAGGAUGUUGCGUUGUUACCUAUCCUGUACAACGUGUAUAACGCCAAGUUGAAAGCUGACGGCGAGGCAUUCUGGCGUUUUAUAAUUCGAUCAGAGUCGGAGGAACGAGUCAGGCAAUCGCAGAGCGCUAGUUAUGACGGUAAAUCAAAGGAUAAGGCUUUUGGGUGGGAUCAAGAAAGUAUCACUCGAUGGACAGACGACUGGAACGAAGAUAUCAUGAUGGAAGCUAUGCAUGGUUCAUAG